AUGGCUUCUACAAGUAAAAGAAAUUCUGCAGGGAGAACUCAAAAUACAUUUUGCCCUGAAGGUGGAGUCUGCAAGCAUGGAUUCCUCAUCAAAUCUCCACCUCUUCAACUUUUCAGCUCACAGAAUUCCUGGAAAAGGCGUUUUUUCGUCCUGUCCAAAUCCAGCAAGGGCAAUUACAUCCUCAAGUAUCUAAAAGGCCAGAACGUAAAAGGCUCCAUAGCUGUUGAUCAAAUCAUAAAUAUCGAAGUUGGCAUAAGCGAUUCUGAAAUUAUGCUAACGGUGAGGAAGAUGUUUAAAUGCCUUCCUGAGCAGGUGAUGUCCAUCAGUACUGGAAACAGAUGUUACUACCUCAUUGGGAGCAGCAGGCAGGAAGCAGAGGACUGGGUCGCUGUGAUAUCUUCAGCCUGCAUGGAGACCAAAAGAGGUGGAUGCUGCCCUCAGAACCAAGAUCUUCCAAAUCCACUAGUCAGAAGCCGGCCCUCCUCUUUGCCACUAUCCUUGAAUUCUGUAAAUACCACCAGUUUCCCAGAAAGGCAAAGCUACCAGAAGGAGAAUGGUCCCUCAGAAGACAAGAACAGGCCUAAUUCAGAUCCUGGCCCUCACCAGCCUCCAUGUGACUCACCAAGCGGAGUUUUUCCAAACCCGGAUAAAAAACUUUUUGAGGAAAACCUGCUGUCAUCAGAUACAGAUGAAGACAUCAAAAACGACGAAGAAGAUUAUUACCAAACUCCCAGCAGUAUUUUAGCAAAGUGCACCACCGAAGUAUCAAUGCCUGAUCCUACAGCUGAGUCUGAUGUCCCUGUGCAAGAGAAACCUGUGCAGAAGAGCCCAGUAAAGGAGAACAUUUAUAUGCCAAUGAAAUCGCUCAGAUUGCUGGAUGAGAGUUGCCAGCUCAUGUGCAGAUGUGAUGGGCUUCCGUCUCCUCUCAAAUGCCAAAAAAACAGUGCAUGUCCAAGAGACUUGGAAGCAAAUAGAGACCUCAAACUCCCAGAAAGCAGCACCAGCCAGCAGCCAACCCUCCAGAGAAGGCAAAAUUCAUUACCACUUUCGGUGGUACAGUUGUCUAUACUGCUCAGUCAAGUUACAGAUGAGACCCAACUGCAGAAGUUGGAUAUUUUUGUCCCACUGGCUGAUAUUAACAGUUGCCUAAAACUUACUGAAGCAGCAGGACAAAUAUGUGUCUCACAGUGGACUGGUCCUCACCAACUGGGAUGUUUGUUUAACCAUGGAGACCAUAUAGUAGCUGUGAAUGAUCUGCAACCCCAGGACGUGGAGGAGACUUACUUCUUCAUCAGCAGGUCCACAAGAAAAGAGGUCAAGCUUACUGUAUGUAGGAUUCCACAGUCAGAUAUCUUCCAUGUUAAAGGCUGCUCAUGUUCCUGA